AUGAGUAAUAUCAACAAAGACUCCAUUAGUUCGAAGUAUAUUGACCAGUUCACCAAGCUUUAUAAAAGAGGCAUUCUUGAGCUUAUUCGCAGUCCAUUUUUCAAAGUCUUGUUUGAACGCAAGCCACAGGUUUUGAGCUUUCCAGCUAUAUAG